AUGGUGAAAAGGGAGAACACGAACUUCUUCGUCCCUGCCAGCUGGGUCGCUCCUCGCUCGCCGCCUGAUGCUCCGCCGGGCUUCCCGCCGAAGCCGCCCCUAUUUUGCGCCCCGCCCGCUUCAGCUGAUACGCCGGGGAACCAUAACCCGACAUCCGUAAUGGGUACGGUUGGCGGCGGCGCUUACAGAGAUGGGUCUGUUUCCCCUGAACGGCUGACUCAAUUGACGUCUCAGCUUCCAUGCAAAGAAACAGAAAUAGUAAAUCCAAAUAUGGUCUCGUCGAUACCAUCUCAGGAGCAGUCGUAUGAAGACGAUUUCGAUCCGACUCAAGGUGGAGAAGGUCAACAACCUCAACGGUCUCGUAUGGCCGCCGGCGGGGGUCAAGGGUUGAGAUCCGACGUAUUCAUACGGCAUUUUACGAAGGUGCCUGAUGAGAAAAGAAGUGACAAACAUUUUCUAUGUAUCUGCAAUCACUGUCCACCUAACGCCAAGAAAAAGUAUGCCUUCAAAACCGGCGGCGGGUACGGAUCGAUGCAACGACAUAUACGGAUACAUCAUUCGGCCAAAAUGGGGAUUCCAACGACCCAAACGCAAUUCGCGACUAGAACAGGGUUGAGAUCGAACAUAUUCACACGACAUUUUAUGAAGGUGCCUGAUGAGAAAAAAAGUGACAAACAUUUUAUAUGCAUUUGUAAUCACUGUCCGCCUAACGCCAAGAAAAAGUACGCUUUCAAAACCGGCGAUGGGUACGGAUCGAUGCAACGACACAUACGGAUACACCAUCCGGCAGAAAUGGGGAUUCCCACAACCCAAAAGCAAUUCCCAAAGAGCAGCACUGCAUCUGCCACUCGAACAGCAUGCAAUGAAACAGAAACAGUAAAUCCAAAUCUGGCCUCAUCGAUACCAUCUCAAAAGCUACAAGAGCACUCGUCGUGCUUUUGCUUUACCAUUAAAUCUCCUCAGACCAGUAAGGAGCUAUCAAGCUCAGAUACAGAGAGUCAACUAGUUGAAGACGACCUACAAGCUCAUUUUCCUCCAUCGAAUCCUCACUCGUUAGAUCGAAAAGUGAACAUGAAGCGGGAAACCCACGAUAUUGGUGUCAGUGAAAACCAAGAUGGAGCCACCAAUAGAUCUCCUUUCCAAACCCACGGUGUUUUUGAUAUCACACUCACUAAAAGCCCUGUUUACGAGAGAUUUGGAAGUGUUGGCCCGAAAAUCUUACACGUGGCUAGUGCUCUUAAUGACUCGGAAGUAGAUCUUGCACAUUCUUAUUAUACUGCCGUAAGAGAUGCAGAAAACAUGAAGGUGAACAUGAAGUGGUUGCGUGAUCGACUUGAUGAAAUUAGAGAUGCUGUUGAAUUAACCGAGGAGGAGAAAGUCUUGGCAAAUGAGAAAGAUGCGCGUCUUGCGAAUAUUUUUAUGAAGAAGAAAGAACUUGAAAUGCGUAAAGUUGAACUGGAGAAUAUCAAAUCUGAAGUUGAGGAUCUUGAAGCUUGUUUGGCUCGAGAGGUUGUGAUGGUAGAGGAGUUGAAUCGAACAAUUGGUGCACGACAAUCAAGAUUUUCAAAGUUUCAACAUAAGUACUUGAUGGAAGGACUCAUUUAA